AUGCCGGUAAUGUAUGGAGCUCUGAACACAGGAGGUGAUCUAGGAGAAGACACGACUGGUUAUAAAGGGGUGAUAAGUCAAGAAAAGUGUACCAUGUUUGUGAAAAGAUUCUGCCCUUACAGUAUUGAAGCAAGAAAACUACUUCACAAGAGAGGGAUUAGUUGUAAAGUCAUUGAGGUUGACUACAGCCCGGAGGCCCAUGAUUUUGCCAAAAGGUAUCAGAGGACAUUCCCUGUUUUUUUCCUUAAUGAUACUCUCAUUAAAGGAGGGUAUGAAAAGCUUAAGUACCUCUCAGAUAGAAAUCUUCCUCCAUUCGAUAAUUCCCCCUUACCUAUUGAUAGAAGAUCUUAUAUUGGCUAG